AUGGCAGAUCCGCCGCGUGCGGGCUGGCUAUCCAGCCAGCGCGCGCGUUUCUCACUGUUGCGUUCUGACCGGGUUCUCCUCCUCUCGCAUGGUGCGCGGCGGCCGGGUCCAGCCCUCCUCGGCGGCGCGGGGAGGAGGACGCGUGGCUGGCGGCGGACGGGAGCAAGCGCUGGGGAGGCCUUCUUCCUGCUCUACACGCCCUUCUGGCUCACGCUCUGCCUCGGCGUCGUCGUCCCCUUCAAGCUCUACGAGAGGUUCACGGAGCUGGGGUACCUGAUCCUUGGCUUGGUGUCCACCGUGCCGGCGUUCGUCAUCCCCCUCUUCCUCGUAGGGAAGGCAGAUAGUGUUAGAAAUUUGAAAGAUCGAUACUGGGUCAAGGCUAAUAUUUGGAUUAUAAUUUUUAGCUAUGUUGGUAACUACUUCUGGACACAUUACUUCUUCACAGUUCUUGGCGCGUCAUAUACUUUUCCAUCAUGGAGGAUGAAUAAUGUACCCCAUACGACGUUUCUUCUGACCCAUGCUUGUUUCCUGUUCUAUCAUAUGGCAUCAAAUAUGACACUCCGUAGAUUACGUCACUCUACAGCUCACUUACCACAGUCUAUUCGCUGGUUAUUUGAAGCUGCAUGGGUUUUAGCACUGUCAUACUUCAUAGCGUACCUGGAGACCCUAGCCAUUGCAAAUUUCCCAUACUAUGAAUUCGUUGACCGGGAUAUAAUGUACAAAGUAGGUUCUUUGUUCUACGCAAUAUACUUCAUCGUCAGCUUCCCAAUGUUUUCAAGGAUUGACGAGAAAGAUGAGAAGUGGAACCUGUCCAGGGUAGCUGUUGACUCUUUGGGCGCGGCGAUGCUCGUCACGAUAAUACUCGACCUAUGGCGCAUAUUUUUGGGGCCAAUAGUCCCCAUCCCAGAGUCGAGGCAGUGUGGUCAGCCAGGGCUCGCAUGGUUCCAAGUGCAGAACGAAAGCACCUGA